UCUGAAUUAAAUCUGAACCUGUACCCUGAAGAGCUACAGGAUUUUGGAAGCUGAAUCAAUGUUAUCAGAUGAGUUAGAAUCCAAACCAGAGCUUCUGGUACAGUUUGUUCAGAAUACCUCCAUCCCAUUGGGACAAGGGCUAGUAGAAUCAGAAACUAAAGACAUUACUUGCUUGUCACUCCUUCCGGUGACUGAGGCCUCAGAAUGCAGCCGGCUAAUGUUACCAGAUGAUACUUCAAACCAUACUACUUCCUCCAAGGAGGUCACUUCCUCAGCUGUAUUGAGAAGCCUUCAGGUGAAUGUGGGCCCAGACGGAGAAGAGACGAGGGCUCAGACAGUACAGAAGUCCCCGGAGUUUUUGUCCACUCCAGAGUCUCCUAGCCUGUUACAAGAUCUACAGCCAAGUGAUAGCACUUCUUUUAUUCUUCUUAAUCUAACAAGAGCAGGUCUGGGCUCUUCGGCUGAGCACUUAGUGUUUGUACAGGAUGAAGCAGAGGAUUCAGGGAACGAUUUCCUCUCCAAUGAGAGCACAGACAGUAGCAUUCCAUGGUUCCUCCGAGUUCAGGAAUUGGCCCAUGACAGUUUGAUCGCUGCUACCCGUGCACAACUGGCAAAGAAUGCAAAAACCAGCAGUAAUGGUGCGACUCAUGGCGAAAAUGUCCACCUCGGUUCUGCUGAUGGACAACCCAAAGAUUCUGGACCUCUUCCUCAAGUGGAGAAGAAGCUCAAGUGUACCGUUGAAGGAUGCGACCGGACGUUUGUGUGGCCAGCUCACUUCAAGUAUCACCUCAAAACUCAUCGAAAUGACCGCUCCUUCAUCUGCCCUGCAGAAGGCUGUGGAAAAAGCUUCUAUGUGCUGCAGAGGCUGAAGGUGCACAUGAGGACACACAAUGGGGAGAAGCCCUUUAUGUGCCCUGAGUCCAGUUGUGGUAAGCAGUUCACUACAGCUGGAAACCUCAAGAAUCACCUGCGCAUCCAUACAGGAGAGAAACCUUUUCUUUGUGAAGCCCAAGGAUGUGGCCGUUCCUUUGCGGAGUAUUCUAGUCUUCGAAAACAUCUGGUGGUUCACUCGGGAGAGAAGCCUCACCAGUGCCAGGUCUGCGGGAAGACCUUCUCCCAGAGCGGGAGCAGGAACGUGCACGUGAGGAAGCACCACCUGCAGCUGGGGACGGCUGGGAGCCGAGAGCAGGAGCAGACCGCUGAGCCACUCAUGGGCAGCAGUUUGCUUGAAGAGGCUUCAGUACCCAGUAAAAACCUGGUGUCUAUGGAUUCCCAGCCCAGCCUUGGUGGAGAAUCCUUGAACCUACCAAAUACCAAUUCCAUCCUGGGAGUGGAUGAUGAGGUGCUCACUGAAGGAUCCCCACGCCCCCUGUCUUCAGUGCCUGAUGUAACACAUCACUUGGUGACCAUGCAGUCAGGGCGGCAGUCCUACGAGGUUUCUGUCUUAACAGCGGUAAAUCCACAGGAGUUACUAAACCAAGGAGAGUUAACUGAAAGACGGACGUGAGCCCGGGCGCCGACCUGUGAAGGAGCAGCUGUCUGACCCCAGAGUGCACAGUGGGUGCCGGACAGAGGCCCCGGACCCGCCGGAAGCAAAAUAAAUCUGUGAAGGAUGAAA